UCUUCGUUGUGCAUGUGAUCAAGGACACAAAUCAGCUUGUGCGGCUUGUUUUCCAAAUCGUAUUAUUAUGUGUGAAAAAGCGCAGUCUUUCGCCACAGUCUAUGGUAAUAUCACUAAAUGCAAAAUUCCGACGUAUCACCUGUUCCAAAUGCAAUGCGCGUGCGCAGUGAACACGCAAUGGCUACCGCCAUUCCGCCGACAUAAGUGAGAAUAGUAUAAUCGGGCAGUUCCCAAUCCCAUGCGUUCCGGACUUUGAGGUGACCUUAGUGAGCGUGCACAAGCAAUCUGGUUUCGUAGCAGGCUGACAUAGUAACAGAAAAACGCGUUUUCUUAUUCUAGAACUACAGCGGGGUUUACGCAAACGAAUCGGAUAAUAUAAGCGUUGCACGCUAGUGGUAUUUAAUAUCAGAUAACAAGCUAGCUGAUUUUAUUGAUCCGGUAUGGCAGAGGCGCAACAAGCUCGGGUUCAAAAUGCAGUAGAGGAGAUGGUUCAGGAUUUGGAACGGAAUCACAUUCGCAAAAUGCAGGGCAGAAUGUUCCAGUGCAGCGCUGAAUGCUGUGAGCGGCCAACAGACUCCAUGUCCCAGGUGCACCAGUGCAUCGAGCGCUGCCACGCGCCUCUGGCACAGGCACAGAGCCUGGUGACCACAGAGCUGGAGAGGUUUCAGGACCGUCUGACCCGCUGCACCAUGCACUGCAACGACAAGGCCAAGGACCUGUUCGACUCGGGGGCCAAGGAGGCGGCCGUGCGGAGCCUGAUGGAGAAGUGUGUGGGCGGCUGUGUGGACGAACAUGUCAACCUGCUGCCCAGCGUUACCCGCAAACUGAAGGACAGCCUGGCUGGGAUCUCGCAGUGAGGGGCAG